AGGCGCCCAGCACCCUUCACGUCAGGACAGCGGGAGGGUCCCGGCCACCAGGGAAGGGAGGUCGCGCUGCGCUCGUCCCAGAGGCACUUGGGGGUCAUCGGUGACGGGGCCUGGGCCACUGCUGGAGAGGGGCAUAAACCAAGCCUGCCUGGUCAGCUCGAGUGCCAAGGGGUCCAAGCCUCCUCGCCAGGGCAGGAAUUUAGCGCGUCUCAGGCUCCUUUCCGAGGCCGCGUUCUCAUGUACGUGGAGCGAUUCGUAGAGCUGCCGUUUAAUCUCAUAUAUUGUCCCGGAGCCCGCAGGUUCUCUGUUGCCUUCCUGAUAUAACGCGAGAUGAGCGGGCCCAGCAGGUGGCGCUUCAACCCCGUGGUGCUUGACAGGGACCCUCCAGCCCUGGAGCUGGUGAGCAAACUGCUGCACCUGCACUUCAGGGAUGAAAAGACCAAAGUCGGUGGCGAUGCCCUGCAGCUUAUGGCAGAGCUGCUGAGGAUCUUCGUUGUGGAAGCGGCUGUCCGUGGGGUGCGGCAGGCCCAGGCAGAAGACGUGACCCUGGUGGACAUCGAUCAGCUGGAGAAGGUGCUUCCUCAGCUGCUCUUGGACUUCUAGGAGUAUCCACCCCUCCCAGGAAGCUAGUAUUCCCCUACAGGCUGCUGUUGACCCUGUGGCCUGCAGGGUCUGGGCUAGAUCCAUACCAACACUGAGACCUAGUCCCAACAUGGUUCUUUAGCCUCGGAGGAAUGACGGGAUCCUGGAAGCUGUUGUCCUUCCUAGUACCCCUUUGGUCUGUAGCUCAUAGGCCCCUGGGGACAGUCCCUGUGGGUUCCAGGGAAGCAGGUGCAGUGGGCAGGGGGACUGAUCUGCUUCCUGGCCAUGGCAACCCUAAAUAGCCCAUGUGUUUUACAAACCAACCAGCUGCCUUACUACCCCAACAUCAAAGUUGGUGUGGAGUUUUAGCCACCUGAUACUUCCCUGAGCUAUAACUUUGUCCUCACAAAGCAACAUCAAUAAAUUAACACCUGUCUCCUA